GUGAAAGUUUGAAUAGAAUGUCAAUAAAGUUAUAUUACUUUAGAAGUGAUGACAAAUCGAUUGAAUGUUUUGAUUAAUAUUAGUAUUAAUCGAUUGAAUACUUCAUUCAAAGUGAUUAACAGACAAUCCUUAAGAUAUUUGAGUCAAACAAUGAAUAAUGAUAUCUAUAAUGAAGAGUAUUGGCCACCAAUUCUUCGACAAAAAGGACAAACAUUGACACGAUUUAAGCGAUUCUUCUAUGAAUCAGAUUAUCAAAGAAAACCACAGAUUGAAAGCAAAUCAGUCAAUGACUUAUGGCUUACAAAAUGUCAUAUCAUUGAACCCAAAGAAGUGGUAUUCACAGCAAAGGCUAAGAGAAAGAAAGAAUCGGAAACUAUUGUUAUGGGAAAGGCGUUGAUGUGGUUAAGAGAUAACGAGUUUGUUGAUAACAACUUCAAUGCAAUUCAGUUAAAUACACAACAAAUAAGAGAGUGGUUUGAUAUUAUCAAUGGUCCCAUUCAUGUCAAACCUAUUGAUGAACAGUUAAGUAAUGAUAUGAUUAACUUUUGUGACGAUUUCGAUGACAAACUGAAAGAUAAAUUGAAUGAAAUGAUUGAUAAAAAUAGUGAAAAAAUGUUAAUAAACUGUACUGAAGAAGGUUUUGCUGAAGAAGAUAAACCAAAUGUUAUUAGAAAUGUUUUUUCUAAUGUUAUACACAACGAACCCACAGACAGGACAGUAAAAGUUAGAAAUAAUUUAUUGCUUAAGUUUUUAAACGAAAGACAUAAAAGACAAGAAACCGAUGACUCCUUUAGAAGUUUAAGACAACAAAUAGAAGAACUGCCGAUUAAUAAAUAUAGGGAACAAAUACUAAAAGAGAUAAAUGAAAAUCGAGUGAUUGUUAUUAGUGGAGACACCGGUUGUGGCAAAACAACACAAAUACCACAAAUGAUAUUUGAAAAUGAAAUCAAAGGAGGAAGAGGUGCCUUCGCUAAUAUUGUUGUCACUCAACCACGACGUUUAUCAGCCAUUUCUAUAUCAGAAAGAGUUGCCUUAGAAUUUGGUGAAGAAGUCAUUGGCAAAUCAAUUGGUUAUAACGUUAGAUUUGAUAAAUCAGUUCCAAUGUAUUCAAAUGGAGUCAUACUUUUCUGUUCUGCAGGAAUUUUGCUCAGAAAAAUUGGUUAUAAUCCAAGUCUUUUGGGUGUCAGUUAUAUCAUUGUCGAUGAAGUUCAUGAAAGAGAUGUAAUAACAGACUUCCUCUUAGUUUUAUUAAAAAGAGCUCUUGAUUUGAAUGAAAAUCUUAAAUUAAUAUUUAUGAGCGCAUCCAUGAAUACUAAUUUGUUAGUCAAUUACUUCAACUGUCCAUUAAUUGAAGUCCCGGGACGUUGUUUUCAAGUUAAUAACUAUUACUUAAACGAAUUUAUUGAAAAUACUGGAAAUCAUAGUUUUUCAAUAAGGAAUCCCAAAGUUGAUAUAAAUCUUGUAACACAAUUGAUUGUAGACAUCCAUCGAAAGAAACCGGACGGUGCUAUCCUUUGUUUUCUUCCGGGUUGGGCUGAAAUACAAGCCGUUGACAAUCAGCUUAAUAUGUUAAACAUUGAUUCAAAUUUAAAAGUAUUUGCCGUACAUUCAAGACUUUCCCAUUCUAUUCAAAAGCAAAUAUUCACGCGAAUGCCAAUCGGUGUCCGAAAAGUAGUUUUGGCCACAAAUAUCGCCGAAACUUCUCUUACUAUUGAUGAUGUCGUCUAUGUUAUUGAUACCGGUUUAGCCAAAGUAAUGAAAUAUAAUUCCCAAUUCAAUGUUUCAAAUUUUGGUACAAAUUGGAUAUCAAAAGCUAAUGCAAAACAAAGAAGUGGUCGCGCAGGUCGUGUCACUGAAGGCGAGUGCUAUCGACUUUACACUAAAGAAUUAGAGAACUCUUUAAUGGAUGAAUAUAUGACUCCAGAAAUGCUGAGAAUUCCAUUAGAAAAUGUAGUGAUGAGCGCCAAGUUUCACGUCCCCAAUGAGUCUAUCCAUGAUUUUCUCUCAUUAGUUCCACAGCCGCCCUCCAAUGAAUCCAUUAGAAGAGCAGUUAAUAUUUUAAAAGAUCUUAAUAUAUUAGACACCAAAGAAAAUCUGACUAUUUUAGGCAAAAGAGUAAUUAGUUUUACAUCUCAUCCGAGACUUUCUGUGGCAAUGAUUUAUUCAGUGUUUUUCAGUUGUCUAAAAUCAAUGCUUCCUUUGGUAUCACAUUUAAGUGCAAAUCGCGAACCAUUUCAAGUGAUGCCAAAUGCAAAAAGUGUGAUUCGAUCCGUUAAAGACAACUUCUCGUUUGACUUUAUUUCAGAUCAUAUAUCAAUGGCUGCUCUUAUUCUUGAAUAUCAAGAAUGUAUUGGCGAUUAUCCCGUUUAUAGUGAAAAAAUCAAGAAUUUUAUUGAUGAUAAUCAUUUACAUCGAUAUUCAAUGGACUUUAUUUUAGAUACAAUUAAAUUAUAUGCCUCUCAUUUAGAAGAGUCUAAUUUCAUCUCCAGAAAUGAGUGGAUUUCUAACAAAAGUCAUAUCAAUUCUAACUUUUAUCGCAAAUCUUUAAUAACAACUGCUUUAGUGCCAGCAUUUGUGUCAAAUUAUGUGCGACUAAUUAAAGGAGAAAUUAGAAACCAAAAACUUAAAUUAGAUUCAAUUUAUCCGAUUAAUGCCAUUACUGGAUAUAAAGUCAAAUUUGUUGGCGAAAGUGUUUUCCAGAAGAACUUGAACGCACACCAAAAUGUGGAUCAGUUGACUAAUUCUAUACUUAUUUAUUUUAAAAGUUUCUUUUCAGAAGAGGCCAAAAUGUUGACCAUUUGUGACGCCUCUCAGGUGUCACCAAUUGCUAUAAUACUGUUUUCAAUGGAUCGGUUGACAAUCAACAAGAAUUAUUCCAAAGAUGAAUGUCUCGUUGAGUUAAAUGAUAACAAACACAUGAAAUUUAAAUUAAGAAAAGUAGAUAUGAAACUAUUAAUUCGUUUGACACAAGUUUUAAACAUUUUUUUCAAUUGGUUUAUCACUUGCAAAGAUAUUAAUCAAUUGCUUUCUCAAGACAAUCAACAAUAUCAGAAAAUACUUGAUUUUCAUAGAGACUUAAUAGAUCUUAUUAGUGAUUUAGUGUCCACUAAAUCUUAA